CGACGCCGACGCUCUCUCCUCCGCUGGUUGCCCGCGACGCCGACGCUGACGCCUACGCCGACGCCCUUUCCACCUCCGCUGACGCGUCUGCUCUCCUCCGCUGGUUGCCCACGGCGCCGACGCCCCUCCGUCGCCCCCAACUCCGAUGCGGACGCCGACGCCGACGUCGACGCCGACGCCUCCGCCCCCGAGGCCGUCGCCGACGCCCUUUCGCCUCCCUCUCGCGACCUCUGCUCCGCUCUCUCCCUCUUUCCUCUGCGGAGCGCCCUUGCUGGCUAACCCCGACGCCGACGAACCCCUGAUCGCGUUUUGGCCUCCCUCUCCGCGAACGAAGGUCGCUCUCUCUCUCUUUCCUCCGCGAAUCGCCCCCUGCUCCUGAACGCGGACGCCGUCGCCUCCCGCCGUCGCCUUCCCAAGCCCCACCGUAGGCACCCCAUUGGCGACUCCCGUACGUCCGGAGGAUUCCACUCAGUAGAAUUCAGAGGAAGAUUCAGAAGGAAGCAGUAGACCUUGUUUUUAUUCAAUAAGCAAAUCUGUUGGUUUUCUGGACAAAGAACUUGCUGCUAGUGGGUUUACUAGAAAAGAGCAAGAUGAUAUGGACAAGUUCGUCGAAGAAGAAAAGGACCAGGAUAUAUGUUAUGAUGAUGAAGAAGAUAGUGCUGGAAGGGAUGAAACAAUCAUGAGUGAUGUUGACUCUUUGCAUCUGCUGGAUCAGCCAGGGCACAUUGUAGAAGGAAAUGAGGAGGAAAUCAAAGAAAAUAGACAAAGAUGUGAAGGACAACUCAGCAAACCUUGUUGUGAGGGAUACUUCAAUGAGGAUGAAAGUGAAGAGAAUGCGAAUGAUGCUGAGUUGGUAAAGCGCCUGAACAAGCAGAGACGGCGAGCAAUUGCUGCUGUUCAUAGAGGAGGGAAGACCAUUGCUUCUAGAAAUUCUUACAAGGACAAAGGUGGAAGGUCAUCUCACAAUUCCAAAAUUCAAAAACAAUUAAGCUCCCGGUAGUGCACUUGGAAGAAUUCAGCAGCAUGUAGGGGCUGGAGGAAGUCUGAGGAACGAAUGAGGAAAGAGAUGGAAAGAUUUGAUCGUGAAAGAAGGAAGGAAGAAGAAAGGUUGAUGCGUGAACAGCAGAGAGAGGAGGAGAGAUUGCUACGUGAGCAAAGGCGAGAAUCAGAGCGACGGGAGAAGUAUUUACAGAAAAAAUCUAUUAAGGCGGAGAAAAAGAGACAAAAAGAAGAGCUUCAUCGAGAAAAAGAAGCAGAGAGACGAAAAGCUACAGUGGAGAAGGCCACUGCUCGCAGAAUUGCCAAGGAAUCCAUGGAGCUUAUGGAGGAUGAACAGCUGGAGCUGAUGGAAUUGGCCGCUGCAAGCAAGGGGUUGCCUUCAAUUUUUAAUCUGAAACGUUUAGAAGUGAGGAUCUGGUUUAUAUGUCCUUGCACUUGAA